CCCAUAUCUAGAGCCCGACCAACCAAUCACAUGAGUUUCCUAUCUUCACGCACGGAAUUUCCUAUCUUUCUUUUAUUCCAUCUACGCUCCAGUCCCUUGUUUUGAGUCAAGGCCACCAACCUGCGAAUUCAAAAUAAAAAUUGACGCAAUAUGGCUAUCGGAAUAUCUCAAAUGUUUUGGAUAUUAGGAGUGUUUAAUACGAAAACCUGAAUUGAUAAGUAACCUCCAAUGAUGUCGAUCAUCCUUUGAGGGAUUUUUUGGAAGUAAUGGGAGGUCAAGUUAGCCAGGUUUUCCAGUCUGGCAGUGCCUUGUUGACCAAUGGACAUGGACACAAAGUAUCCGAUUCUACCAGGCAGAAAGUUCAAACAAUAUUUGAUGCACUUAGAGCCAAUCCAAAGAUAGGGGUGCAAAGACUAGAAGGGCUGUUACAGCAACUUCCUAAAAAUGAAAACAUUCUAGCUAUACAUGAUGAAGCAGGGUAUAAUUUAUUACAAAAAUGUGUGGGAGCAAAUAAUGUGGAGCUAGUUAGAUGGCUUCUCGCUCGGCAUUCAGCUGCUGAUGUGAAUAGGUUUCCUUGCAGCCUUCCAUUACAUAUAGCAUGCUUGAAGGGACAUGAUGAAUGUGUAGAACUGCUAUUAAAACAUGGUGCAAAGUCUGAUGUUGAAGCUAGAAUGUGUUGGCCUGGACCACACAGUAGUAAUUGUGAAGAAAGAGGAAAAUACUCUGCAGCAAUUCAACAAGAGGAAACAUGUAUAGAAAGGGAUACAAGAGAAAGACUGCCAAGUAGUAAAUUACAAUCAGCAAUUUAUUAUGCUUUAGAUGGUGACCAAGUUAAUAUUUUAACAUUAUUAUCACAGAGGGGUGAAGAUCCUUGGAAUGGCAUGUUCCGGGCGCGCAAGCCUCUGCUGCAUGCGGCGGUCGAGCGUGGCGCUUGGCGGUGCACCGAGUUCCUGAUCAAAGAGCGCUCCGACGAGAUCCACGUGCUGCGCGAUGAGUAUUACCCGAUCCACUACGCAGUACUGCAUGACAGCCGCUUCCUGGAGCUGCUCAUCGAUCAUGGUGCCGACGCGACGGUGCGGACCUGUACACAGCAAAUGACGCUUCUACAUGUCGUGUUUUUAGUAGCUCAUAAGUCGGCAGAGGAUACAAUCUCCACCAUCAGGUUACUGCUGGAACACGGUUGCAAGGAACUGAUCAACACGCCGGACAGCCUGGGGAACACACCGCUGCACGCGCUGGUGGUGCGCUACGCGUUGGAGGAAGCGCAGUACGGUUACGACAAGUGGAACAAGUGGGACGUGCUCCACUUGGUGCGGUACUUAUUGCAGAAUGGUGCCAGACCCUCCAUCAACCAUACCGGCAACUCGGCUGUCGCAUGCGUACUGAGGCAUGUUCGGGACUGGGAUGUCUGCUACGAGCUGCUUAACAUGUUACUCAACGACGGCGGUGAUCCAAAUAUGGUGGGAAGAGAUGGAUCUGUUCCAUUGAUGGUAUGUUUAGUACCACUCAUCAAUAAGGAUCCUCUACACCAUUUUACUCAUAGUAUGAAGGUCUGUUACCUGAACUGCAUCCGAAUCCUGUUAAAGAAGGGCGCGAACCCGAAUUGCAGCUACAGGGCGAACCUGACACCAUUACAUGUGCUCGUAUUCACCGUAUCCGAAAACAUCACGCUUAACUGCGACGUGCAGAAGGAACUUAACUUUGAGUUCAUCAAAAAUAUCCUUAUCCUGCUGCUUACCCACGGGCUGGAUCCCAACGUGCGGGUCAGCAGAAGAACUGAGCACAUCUUGCACCCAUGCAUGGAUAUGGUGCAGAACGUACGUGACUGCCGCGACCUGCGCUACGUCUACGACCUCACUCUUACCCUCAUCCAGUACGGCGCCAAUCCUGACCUCACCCUGAGCAUGUCCGAGGCAGUCAAGAACCACCCGCUGCAUGCGCAGAGCGUCUGGAAGACUAAAAAUUACAUCCUCUACUACUACAUCAUGUUGAUAUCCAGGAAGGAAAACCUGGUCACCGAUCCCGAUUUGAGCUUCUCCAAGAUAAUCCUGUUGUUCUACUAUGUGAUGCAGCACAAACCGCUGUUUGAGUGUUUGAAGAUCCUCCAUACUCAGCAGCUGAGUCUGGUUCCUGGUAAAAUGACGGAACCUUUGACGGUGAUUAUUCGGGAUCUGUACAAGAGACCCAGGAGUCUCAAGCAGAUUUGCAGGGUGAAGAUACAUAACUGUUUAGGGCGGAGGCCGGGACUAUAUCUUAAUAAAUUAAAUCUGCCUAAUCAGUUGAAGGACUAUCUAUUAAAUUUCGAAGCGUGAAUAGGGCGUGCUGGAAUACAUUUUUUAUCGGUUGUAUGCUGUAUAUGAGCUAUUUGAAAAGUGCUGCUUUGAAGAGGCGUAAUUUAUUGGCAAAUAACACCGGUACACAAAAAUAAAAAAGUAGUUUGUACAUUGACUAGACCCACCUAGGGUAUUUCCAAGUGCUGAAUCCGAAUCUGAGGUCCGUUCGUCUCGUAUACCGUCACAAUUUUGAGUAAAUUGUAAAAAACUGCUAAAUAUGGCUUAAAAUUACAAAUAAUUGUAUUUAUGCAAACGUAAACAUUUUUGCCGACCUAGAUCAAAUCCAACAAAGUUGAUUUAGCUUGUAGCCCCUCCAAAUUUUGAGUAAAUUGCAAAAAAUUGCCAAUAAUCGCCAUCAAUCGGUAAAGUCCGCAAAAAUUGCAGAUAUGAAACUGAAGAAAAAUUUUCCCGUCUAGAUCUAGUGUAUAUUUUAUGUAUUUCAAUGCGCUGAAACCAAACUGAAAUUUAUUUAGCUCAUUGACCAUGGAAAUUUGGACUAUAUUAUGAAGAACUUACUCAAAUCGCUAAAUAAUGCCAAUUACGCAUAUCAUCAUUCCUUGAUUUCCAUUUCAUUUGUCUUUGCGAAAUCGUUCUCCUUGAGGUCUCCAAGAUUUGAAGGAAUGUAGUAGAGAGUAAGGAAGAGCUCGUUGAGAGAUCUAUUGCUUAUUCGUGUGCUGUUGUCCACCUUACAUGGUGACGGUGGUCAACAGCACCAUUAGCAAAGUCCCUAGGUUAUCGGCGAGUAUGCUUUCAUGGCAGACACAAUAAUAUCGAACUUCGAAAUACAUUAAAUAUUUUUGGGUUGCAUAACUGCAAUUUUUAGCGAUUUAUGGCUAUUUUUGGCAAUUUUUUUGCAACUAACUCGAAAUUUGGAGGGUUACAAGCCCAAUCAACUUCAAAUUUGUGUUCAGCAUAUUGAAAUACAUUUGGUCUAGGUCAAGAAAUUUUUGUUUGUUUGCAUUAGUACAAUUUUUGCAGUUUUAUCCAUUUUUAGCAGUUUGUAUUAUUUACUGAAAAUUGUGAGGUCGUGCGGGUUAAACGGACGUCAGAUUCGGAAUUCGUAGGUAAGACUACUCAAAUGUACAGAACACUUUUUAUUUUUGUGUCAGUGAGUGCUAUUUGUUCGCAUUCUUGAUCAUGGAUUAGUUUAUUUCUUGGUAAAGAAAGAAGUACCUUGUUCUUAAAGAGAAUGAUUUUAAUGUCAGUUGUUGUGCGGGACGAAGUCCUUAAAAUACUAUAAAUAAUUCAUAUGUGUAGGUGAUUUAUUGUGCAAAUUACGACAUUCUACACGGUCCUGGGAGUGAACUCUAAAGCACAAUAUAGUAGAUGCUUGCAGGGGGUUAAUUCUUGAAAUAAAGGUGUAGAAUAACUGAUAGUGGUUCUCUUAACCUUUGAGGAACUGUAUUCCUGAACUCUGAUAGAAGAGUAGUCAGAAUAAAUCAAUGUACACAACUUAGAAAGCACUAAAUUGAUUAUUUAUUUUCUGUUUUCGACAAGAUUGUAACUUUUUUAUGAAAACACACACAUUUCUUGUUCUCCAUAAUUCUGAACCCUAUGAAAUGCGGUAAUGCUGGUAAGAUGUAGUUUCUUGCCAGUACAAAAACCUCUUCAAAGUAGCUGGUGAAUGGAUUCAUUCAAACUCAUUACUAAUAUACAGAGAACUAAGUAUGGAGCGAGCAACACAAACCAUCUUAAUCCAUAAAAGAUUCGAGUGACCUCAGUACAGUAAAAAUUGAGUAUCAAGUAAAAACCUUGCAUGCAUUCAUUCAUAUACAUAUCAUAUCUAUUUUCAAAAUUUUUAAUUAUGAAAUGUCUCCUAAAAUUGCGAACUCAAGGAAGAAAAGGAAAAAAUAUAAACUCAAUUGCAUCUCGCAAAAUCACUUAAUUAUAUGAUGACCAAAAGCUUUUUUGGCUGCGCGUAAAUAGAUUUGAAACAUGAAAAACGAUGAGAAACAUAUGAAUCUUCAUCAAAAGACAUCGCUGAAACCUUUGUGCUUUGUGGUAUGGCUUUUGCUAUUUUUUUUAAAUUAUCAUGUUUAUCUGAAUACAUAAACAAAAAUGUACGUGGUCCCAAAGAUUUUCCACGAGUAGUUUUUUCCAAGAUACAGGGAAGGUGGUGUGGGAGAGUAGUUAGAGAAAUGCGUUUAAAAAUGCAACUCUAUCUGUUGAAGCAGUCGAGGUACAGGUUGCGUUAUGAGUUUUAAACAUUAUAUACAAUAUCGGAAGAAAAAUACGACAAAACGCAGAAGUUUCUACAUUAAAAUGAAAUGAAAAUGUUGAGAUAUAUGAAAAAACUUUGAUAUCCUACUCAGUAUUGGAACAGGAUGAACACGAACUGUUGAAAUAAUUUGUAUAAUGGAGCAAUACUCCAUCCAUGCAAGGUUUGCGUCACCCUGUGCAUGUGAUAAAAUUGCAAUGUUGGUGAAGAGGCUAGUAAUCAGGACGUGCAUAAAUCAAUCGAAUAACUAUUUCAUAUCGUGUACUGAGCCCACAAUAUGGUGUAUAGACAAACUGCUCAACUUGGAGGGCUUGUAUCUGGGAAAACUGACUCAUGUACAUUUUUGUUCCACGUGUUUAGAUCUAAAACAUACUGUAUUUUUUCAAAAAUUGACUAAAACUUUUUCCCAUAACGUUUUUGUGGGUUCCUUUGUGACCCUUCAAGAAAACGAUGUUUCCGAGAUUACGAGUAUAGAAAAACGUAGACAGAAAUUAGUAUUAUAUACGUCUUUGUGAGGUGAACAUCAUGAAACUUAAAAAAAAAUCGUGUUACUUAAAAGCAACGUGUGCGUUGUCAGCCACGUUACCGAGACUGUUUCAACUAUUUUGCGUCGGAAAAUCUAAAUCUACAAACUUUGACCGCUCACCCACGUUCUAAUUUCUAGGGUGUAUUCCUUCUGCUAAUCACCCGUAUUCUUUUUAGUGGCAUUAAUCGAAUCUUUCGUAGGUAUAAAGCUUCAUGAACUGAGUCAUGGUGCUCGAUCUGUAGCUAGCUCUUAAACUAUAAAGUGUAGAAGAUAACGUGAGAUCUUUUAAUAAAACUUAUGUGUAUGUGCACAUAUCGUUGAAGUAGUACAUAUUGUAAUAUAUGGCCUUUUUCUAAACAUAAAUGCACUAAACAAUAUUUAUCUUUGGUAUGAUGUAUGAAAGGCGUUGAUUCUUGAAGCCAUGAGAUUCCCGAUGUUUUGGAUAAUCCAGACCCAGUGAAGAUGUAAUGUUUUUGACGCUGUAACAAGUAUUAACAUGUAAUAUUUACACAUUCUGGCCCAACGACAAGAUUCAUGUGGCUGUACGACCUCGGACGACGAAAAACCGUCUACCACCCGCGGGAGAUAAUCGAAAGAAGUAAUAAGUAUCAAAAUGAAAGAGAGUAGCGGAACGCAGUAUACGCCACUGUUAACGCAGUAGGUCUUUGAACAUGGCGAGAGCCGCAUACACGUAUUACAUAGAGAUAGAGGUGUUACGAUUAUUAUUUGUGUUACUUUUUCAUUUUGGCACAUGACAGCAAUUUCUCAACUUGCUACAUAUUACGAAAAUGUUCUAAAAUGUCAAAAAAUAUUUUAAAACCUGCAAGCACAUUUUAUUUUUGCAUAUUUCUUACCACAAAUGAAAAGAGCUAUGUCCAAAAAUACUAAAAACCAAAAAUUGAAAUUUUUGAAUUUGGCGGUAAUGAAGGCCAUUUUUCUAUCUAUAUAUUUUUUGAGGCGGUAGAUCGUCUUGCAGGAAAAUUUUAUCAAACGUCUUUUUCUGAUAAUUUCAAAAUUUAUGCAAAAUUGGUUUAAUUAUCAUAAUACGUGAAAGAAGAAUGUCCUAAAAAAAGUUAUUUACUUGACACUUGUUUCGAAUAUCCAAUCCUAUGGGCAUUUCACUUGCUUGGGCUUGAGCUACAGAUAAUUUUUACAGAAGAAGGCCAGCUUAGUGUUGAAAAAUUAUUGCUCUGUCGAGCAUUGUUUAUUAAAUGAAUUGAAACGUACGUGUAUAUGUGUAUGUAUGUACCCCAGUUUUGAAAAUAUCCGUUUCAGUAACAAGUUUCAAGGUACUAUGAAAAUUGUAUGCCUUAUCGUUAAUCGUUUCCACAUCCCAGCAUAUGUUUUUUUUACUAUCUAGUGAAAAGUCUGAUGUAUUUGAAGAGUAUCAGCAUGAUGAGAAAUUUUUUGGUAACAGGUUUAGAACACAUGGUUGUUUCAAAUAUUUUAGGAGCCUCUGGGUACACAGAAGCUCGCGGCCUGUACUAGACAUUUUUUUAGAAAUCUCUUAAUUUUCCGAUAUUUAUGGGCCCUCCAUCAAGCCGGAACCCUGGGUACGUACUCUGUGUGCCCAUAGUUUAAAGACUGCUGCAGCAACCUUCGGUCGCAACAGAUUUACAAAAAUAGAUAUGGUAGCAUCUAACACCUAUUUAUAUCACAUGUAAAUUUCAAUCCACCGUUUCUGUCCUUCACCCUACACAUAUGUCGACUACUGUCAAUAGAGCUUUGCUAAACGGCUGUAUGUGUAACAGGCACCAUUUUGACGCAGGGGGGGGGGGGUCUGCUCGGAAAAGCGGACCCCACAAUCAACCGUUGCUAAGACGAGAGUUCAUCCACUACUACCUCCUUCAGGUAGUAUACAACUAAGCCGAUCUUCCGUUGCAGUAAUCAUAAGCCAACGUUCCUUUACAUUUUACCUGUCAUUGAAACCGGGAAAUCACAAACUAACUGUAUGAAAAAGGAGUUCAUCUCUACGUCAAGAUUCAGCAUGCAGCAUUUUAUAUAGCCUUGCACGAACCACUCUUACCAGUAUCAUUGAGAACCAAAAAAAAAGAAAUGAGGCAUAGUAGUUUGAUUCAUUCCAUGAGAUUGCUGGGGAUACUCUUAGACUCCUCCGUACUUUAAUAGUGAAUAUGAAAAAACGUAUGUAACCUUCGAUUGCCAAAUGAAGGUGGAAAGAAACAAGCAGUAAUAGUUUGUAAGUGUUCGAAAGCCUUUAAGAGCUCGAAAUGAGGCUCCUUCUAAAAUUCUCCAAUGAUGGUGUGGCAACUAUUUGGGAACUAAAUCCUGACUCCCUGAUAACUCAAGUGCUGUCUUAUUAAUACAAACAGGUAGAAUUAUGCUGCUAUUUCAUUAUCGAUAGAGUACCUAUGCCUGUCCAAAUACGUAAGACAUACGUGAGUUUUGCAUCUACAUGGUUGAAAAUAUUUUUUUAUCUAAGGCUCUCAACUUUCCCUUUGUUUUUUAAUAUUGUUCAUAUUUAAAGUGCAUUUUAAUCAGAAAACUGUUCUCUAUAAAGUCUGAGUAUAAUUCAGCCGUAUUCGAUUGUAAAUGCCAAAUACCAAAUAUACUGUAUAAGAAUAUAUGAAAUAUAUAAAAUUGUAUAGUCUAUUUUACAGUAAGCAAAACAAUUAUUAUUGUUGAGGUAUAUUGGUAUAUUUGAAUAAAAAGUUACUGAGUAAGUUUGUUUGUUAUGUAUACAACGUUGUUAUGAAUGACUCUGUUUCGAUAUCGGUACAUACACUGAAGGACAACCCAGC